UCAAAGUCUUAAAAAUCAUUUAAGAAGUUCAAAUACUUAUCAUCUCCCCUAAAAAAAUAACCUCAGAGUGUCGACAUGGCUUGCAAAAACAAUCUCGUUGUUAAGCAAAUCAUCGACUUAUACGACCAAAUCUCAAAGCUCGAGAGCUUACGACCUUCCAAAAAUGUCGACACUUUGUUUGGAGAACUCGUGUCCACGUGCUUACCCACGGACACAAACAUCGAUGUCACAAAGCUGUCCGAAGAAGUCAAAGACAUGAGAUCUAACCUCAUCAAGCUUUGUGGUGAAGCCGAAGGUUAUUUAGAGCAACACUUCUCCACAAUUUUGGGUUCUUUACCAGAAGACCAAAACCCACUUGAUCAUUUGCACAUCUUUCCUUACUUCAACAACUACCUCAAGCUAGGCAAGCUUGAGUUCGAUCUCCUGAGUCAACACUCAAGCCAUGUCCCCAGCAAGAUCGCCUUCGUGGGUUCUGGUCCUAUGCCCCUCACGUCCAUCGUCUUGGCCAAGUUUCACCUUCCAAACACGACGUUCCACAACUUCGACAUCGACUCACACGCAAACACGCUCGCUUCACGCCUGGUCUCUCGUGAUCCGGACCUCUCAAAACGCAUGAUCUUCCACACAACGGACGUAUUAAACGCUACGGAAGGACUUGAGGAAUACGACGUAGUGUUCUUGGCGGCUCUUGUUGGGAUGGAUAAAGAGUCAAAGGUCAAAGCCAUCGAGCACUUGGAGAAACACAUGGCUCCUGGAGCUGUCCUUAUGCUAAGGAGCGCCCAUGCUCUUAGAGCUUUCUUAUACCCCAUCGUCGAAUCUUCUGAUCUCAAAGGGUUUCAGCUGUUGACCAUCUACCAUCCAACCGAUGACGUGGUUAACUCGGUUGUGAUCGCACGCAAGCUAGGUGGUUCGAGCAUGACCGGGGUUAAUGGUACUCGUGGCUGCAUGUUUAUGCCUUGUAACUGCUCCAAGGUUCACGCGAUUAUGAACAACCGUGGUAAGAAGAAGAAUAUGAUCGAGGAGUUCAGUGCAAUCGAGUAAACAAAACAAUGAACUAUAACACAUCUCUUUUUGUUAAGAUUGUGUUAAUGUUUUUUUUUUUUUUUGUCUUAUAUUAACUGCUCUUUUCAUUCUAUUCCUUGUGUGUGUUUGUGAUAUGUGUGCCUACGUUUAAAGUAUAAGUUUGUGAAUUUUGAGCUCUCUGAUCUUCGUCGCGAGUGAAGAUGAUACAGAACUUGUUGUUUGUUGCUUACUUGUUUAUAUUAUCAAUAAAGUUUUUUUUUUCUUUUUUUAA